GUCCACGGCUUCCUGGGCAAUGAGGCUGCUUCUCACAUGCCAAGACCCCUUCUCUGUGCCAGUCUCGUGGUCACUCUGAUCUACUGGAUGCUGUUUGUGUAUUCGCAAGCUGUGCACCAGAAUUCCUUCGUGUCCUGGGAGGUUCGGGCUACCUUCAGGAAUUUCGAUGACAAUGUCCUCCAGAGGGGGGGCAAAGCAAUCAGGUCUGGAGAUGACAGCCCCGACGAAAGCGUCUUGCAGGACUUUGAGGAAGCAUAUGAUUGGCUUCGCGAGGGAUAUAUGCCCAUGCUUUGGCAAGAAGGCCCAAGGGGUCGCGGCUACCUUGCCAACCGCAUCCGCCUUGUGGGUGGAGUUCGUCUCUCACGGCAAAGGAGCGCACCCCCGCGAUGCGCGGAGGCAGAGAGUUCAGCACAGCCCUGGAUGGACAUCAUCUACAACGAGUCUUGCUCCAUUGGGGCGCAGAGUGACGGUCAGCAGGACUCUCACUGGCUCGACAUCUCGCAUAAUUUGAGCUCGGUCAUUGCCCACCUAGACCAUCUUCAGCAAACUGGCUGGCUUUCGGAUGGGACCAAC